AUGCUCCAUCAACGCAGCAUAUCCAGCACCUCGAUCGGGCCUUUCGGUGUACAGAGGCCCACGGUGCAUCUCGAGCACCCGCCUUCCAUCCCUCGCUCCGCCUUUUACGGAGACGCUUCGUCGAUUCACAGACACCCAGGUGCGAUCUCACCAACCCGUCUACCCGCUUCCUUCACCCGCAGUGCAUCUUCUCGCAGUACCCGGGCGACGACUCCAGCCAAAAGGCCAUCCUCGAGCCACUCGUCGCGCCAGUCGUCAUCCGACUCGAUCGAUUCGAUCACCACUGCUUACUCGUUCACGCGUGCUUCUUCCGGCAGCGUCGACUCUGGCAUCGGCGAAGAAGAGGACUUGAUCCAGGUGGUGUACACGUCGUCGGCUAGUUCACGCACCUUGUCGGUCGAUGAGAUCAAGGCGAUCCUGCGUGCUUCGCGCCUCAACAAUACCAGCAAAGGCAUUACGGGAUUGCUACUUUACCGAGAUGGCUCGUUUGCACAGUUCCUCGAGGGGCCCGCAUACGCCGUCGAUGCGCUGUAUGACAAGAUCGAGCGCGAUCCGCGUCACCGAGGCGUGAUUCGCGUGCUGCGGCAGUCGGUCACCAAGCGCGACUUUCGCGAAUGGAGCAUGGCUUUCCGCGACCUCGACAUGAUCCGAAAGCGUGGCCCCUCGUCGGGAGUGGAUGGCCUGGUUGUGGACGACGGUUUGGCUCCCGAGGCUCACGUCAACGAAGGGUUCAGCCAGCUCAUGAAUGUCGGCCUUAGGGUCGGAGACUCGUCUGACUCCGAUUAUCGCCCGGACGCUCUGGGAAACGCCAAGAUGGAUCUACCGGCAGACAUGUCCGCGUCGAUGAGGAAGCUCGUCACCACCUUCUACCGCCUUAUGGACAGGCCUCUUUAA